AUGACCUGCUCAUUUUAAUUGCCAGCGGAGAAGCAAGGUUUUUUGCCUCCACCAUCUGGCCGUUUGCUGCUUCCGCCAUUUUAACCGCUUUCCUGUCACUUCGGCCUCGGGGAGCGGGCCGGACUGGACUGGGUUCGUUGUCAUUAGUCUGGCCCAGCCAGUGUAACUGUAUCGGGCUCGAUCACAUGGAUCAGGCCGGGGCCUCGGGCAAUACAUGGGAGAUUGGCUUCAUCGCCUUCACCGUUUGAGGCCUUCACUCUAGGCUUCCUCUGACUGCUCAGCAGCAACUUGAUCGAUCUCAGGGCCAUGCUCAAGCGCUCUUGAUAAAUGAGUUAAAUAUGACUGUACUAGCACCUCUGUUCCCAACUUUUAUUUAAAGAAUGGCCAAUUAUUUUACUGUAAGAAAGUACAGACUAGUCGGGGUUUCAUCGCAAUACAAAAGAACAUUGUGGGUCCGCCCCAGAUCAGGGAAGGAGGACUGAGAUAUACUUGAACAAAUUAGCACUGAGGGGGAGAAGAUAUUCCUGAUCUGAGCAGGCUUGGAAGCGAUAAAUUCCCAGGCACAGAUAAGGGGUAUCCAAGGCUGCUAAGGGAGCCCAGGGAGAAGAUUGUAGACUCACAUUCAUUUUCAAUCCUAUCUGGCUACCAGAAGAGUGCGAGAGGUCAAGGAGAUUCUGACAGUACCAAUGGAGAACACACAAGAAUCAGACUCUGCUCUUCAGUCAACUGAGAUCUGCCAAAAGGGGCCCACAUUGAAUAUUUCUAAAAGGCCUGAACGCCGUCAGCGUUCCCGAGAUAGACUGAAGCUCUUUAUCUGCUCUGAAUGUGGUAAGAGCUUUAACAAAUACUCGCACCUCAAAUUGCACCUCUUGGUCCAUACAGGAGAGAAACCUUUCAAAUGUCGUGUCUGUGAUAAGGAAUUCAAUCAUCCAUCCAGCCUUCGCAAGCAUGAGAUCACACACACGGGAGAGAAGCCAUUCAAAUGCUCCGACUGUGGAAAGAGUUUUAAUGACUCAUCAAAUCUGUCUCGGCACAAACGCAUUCAUAGUGGUGAGAAACCAUUUAAGUGUAACAUGUGUGACAAAGGAUUUACUUAUUCUCACCAUCUUGUAUCACACCAACGCACACACACAGGAGAGAAGCCAUUUCAAUGCACAACAUGUGGGAAAGAGUUCAGUCAAUCAUCCACACUGGUGAUGCACAAACGAACUCAUGCUGACAAGAGACCAUAUAAAUGUGGAACAUGCGGGAAGGGGUUUCAGUUGUCACGCCAUUUGGUGGCUCACCGUCGCACACAUGCAGGAGAGAAAGCAUUCCUGCAUGAGAAGGAGUUCAAGCAGGAUUCUGGUUUAAUGAAACAUCAGCGGAUUGAUACAAAAGAGCUGCCAUAUAAAUGUACCUUCUGCAGCAAAACGUUCCGUCAAUCUCACAACCUAAUGGUCCACAAGCGUGUACAUAUGGUCAAGAAGCCAUAUCAGAUCUCCACACGCAGGCAGGAAUUCAACCAGCAAUCGUCCCACGUAAAGAAUGACCAUACGCACACAGAAGAGAAGCCAUAUUUAUGUUCUGCUUGUGAAAAGAGGUUCAAGGGCUCCAGCAUUUUGGUGACAUAUCACACCAACACAGAUGACAGUUCUUGUCACUGUGUUGGAUGUGGAAAGGUUUUCAAAAACUCAUCCAAUCUUAUCCAGCAACAGGUUGCACUCAAAGAAGAGGACCACACAAACAUACUAGGUGUGAGAAGGGCUUCAAGCGUACACGCAAAUCACAUGUGUGAUGUAUUGAGCCAUCAGAAUGUCCAUGCAGGAGAGACUCCGUUCAAAUAUACAAGAUGUAGGAAAGGCUGUAAAACUCCUCCAUCUGUCACAUCACCAGUGUAGCCACAGUUCCUGAGAUCUUGUCCUCUUCUCUUUCUCUCUUCAUUACACACAAGAUAAAAAAAAGUUUUGGAUAAAAACUUCAGCCCUUUAAUCAUUUCAAUCUCCUAUCCGUACUUUAAGCUUGAUGGAAUGCGUAUUGCAGUGUGCCACUUGAAGGAGGUGCUGAUGCACUACAAUUUGUUGGCUAAGACAAUUUUGAAUACAUCUGGUGGGUAUCCAUACUCGUAUCAACACCUUUUUGGAACUUGCUUUCAAAGUGACAUUUCAGAGCAGAACCUCUGGGACCAAUUUAAGAAUUUUAUCAAGUGUAGAAUCAUUGCAUCAGAAUGUCAGUUAAAAAUUGAGAUUUUCUGAUGUUUUCCAAGACAUUGUCCAAAUAAAGAACAAUGUAAUGGGCCCCAAUUUGUUGCUCUAUGGUAUAGAGUUUAAAGCACGUGGAGUUCAGAAGGUGAGAGCUGACAGAUAUCCAGAAAAAUUGUUAACUCAGUGGACAGACUUUUUUCAUUGCAAAGACAUUCACGGGUGGGCAGACAUUUUUGUGUAAGAUUUUCAGCAUUGACCUGACAUCACCAUGUCCUGCUAUAUUUUCUGUCCAGAUGGGAUUGGGCUUCUGGACCAUCUCUCACAGGCUUAAGGAAAUUCAGCAUCUUUGUUUUGAACAUUUGGUUUUCAUACAACAGCAUUUAUAUGUUUAUAUUGGCAAACCAGUUAGAGAUAUGGAUCCCAAGUCUGCCAAUAUCACAUUCUUUAAAUUCUUUUUUUCUGAUUUCAUUAAUACCAUUGAGAAAUGCAGGAAAAGACAUAGGAAAAUACUGGAGAUGACAGUUAGUCUUGGCAGAAUCUUCAUAAAGAAAUGUCAGCAGAUUGACCUCACAUUUUGGUAUCAAUAAGCAAUUGGAAAAAUUGGACUGAAGGCGGCAUAGAAUGAUUCCUGUGUGGUAAGCCUAACUCAACACCAAUCAGGAGCCACUAAUGACUAAAAAAUGUUUUAUGAAACUCAAAAAUGUUCUCCCUUGAAAUAAAGUAAGUUUAGAAAGCCAUUUAUGUGCUGUUCAAUAUAUUUCUCACAUUUUUAAAAUUAAUUCUUUUAUAAGUUGAGGACAUUGAAAAGCAAGCAUUUUUCUGCCCGUUCCUAAUUAGCAUUGAACUUGCUUGACCAUUUUGGAGGGCAGUUGAAAGUCAACCAUAUUCCUGGUCUGAGAUCAUAUGUUGGUCAGAGUUGAUAUGGAUGGUAGAUUUCCCUCCCUAAAGGGACAUCAGUGAACCAGACUGUCAUAAAUUGUUUCAUGGUCACUAUUAUUACGACAAAAUUUCAAUUUCUGAUUUUAUAAGUUUAAAUUAAAUUCCAUCAACUGCUGUGGUGGACUGUGAACUCAGGCCUCCAGGGUGAUAGCCUAGACUUCUGGCUUGCUCAUCCAGUGGCAUCACCACUACUUUUCCACACUGUCACAUUUUGCUGGAUUUCUAAUAAUAUUGAGAACAAUUUAAUUGUUUUCCUUCCCAUUUACCCAAGUAGUCAAACUUGAGAAAACAUUCAGUAAUGAAUAUUUGAAAGAUGGUGUUUCUUCAAUGAUGCAUUGAAUUUGUCCCAGGUCUAAGAGAUUGAGUUUUGAUAAAGAGCUAAACUCUGCUUUUGCCCUACAGGUGCUGCUAGAUCUGCUGGUUUUGCUGUCAGAAAUUAGCAAUUUCUGCUUUUGCUGUCAGAAAUUAGCUUGUUCAUGAUGCUGGAGAUUUAUGCAUGCGUGGAACUGGAGAAGGGCUGUUAUUCCAGUUUCUUUGGCAUCACCUUCUCUACAAGCUCAGAAUUGAUGUCAAAACAGAAAAUACUGGAAAUACUCAGCAGGUCUAGUAGCAUCUGUGGAGAGAGGAACAGAGUAAACAUUCCAAGUUAAUGAGCCUUCAUCGGGCCUGGCAAAAGUUAGAAAUGUAACCAUUUUUAAGCAUAUGAAACAGGAGAGAAUGGGGAAAAAGGGAAGGUCUGUGAUAGUAUGCAAGAUGAAGGAGAUUAAGUGAUCAGAAUUGGUAUUGCAAAGCCAAAAAUUAGGCAAAGAAGCAAAACCUGUCUAGAGAAGAUGUGAAUAUGAACCACACGAGAUAAAUAAAACGAUAAAAGGAAACAAAAUAUGGGCCAGGUUUAGCCUAUUUCCAACAUUUUGUUUUUAUUUCAGGUUUCCGAUAUCCAUUUUUCUUUGUUUCAAAUUAGAAAUUGUUGCUUUGCAGUAUUGAACAUAGAAUCAGUACAGAAGGAAAUUGUUCAGCCUCUGUCAUGCCUCUGUUGAUACUCUGGAAGAGCAAUCCUGGUUAAACUCAAUUUCCUGCUUUUUGUCUGUAAUUUUGUAAGUUCCUCAGCCCUCAAAUACAUUCAACCCAUUUUUAAGAUUAUUAAUGGUGUCAGCUUCCACCCUUUUUCAGGUAGAAUUACAGAUCCUCAUAAUUCUUGAGUGGGAGGGGGGGACUGUUGCAAGGAGUAUAAUCUUAACUCUUCCAAUCUCUGAAUAUAAACAAAGUCCUUUAUCCUUUUUAAUGCCCUUGUAAAUGUCCACUGCACCCUUUCUAAAUUGAUUAGUAAUUCUUCACAGUGCUGUAACUGAUGUUACUACACCAGUGGUUUAUAAAGUAUAAGCAUGAUUUAUUUGCAUUUACUUUCUAUAUCUUCAUAAAUAAUCCAAGUAACCCAUAUGCUUUUUUAACCAUUUUAUGAAGCUGUUCCACCACCUCAACCUUUUUUGUUAUUUGAUCAAAGAAUUUAACCAUAACCAAGGGAAUCAAACUUAAUGUGAAAAUUCCGUGCUGACCCUCUGACUUGAUAAAUUUGUUUUAUUCAUGCUAAUAAUUUUCGAUAAUUACAGAUGUUAGUGAUUGGCUUCUAGUUUCCUGGUUUAUCCGUCUUCCUCCAUUUCCGUAGUUGUGUAAUAUUAGUAACAUACUACGGUGACACUAUUUAUGUAUCCAGUGGAAAUUGAAAGACUGUGACCAGUACUUCUGCCACUUCCACCUUGGUUUCUUUCAGCAGACUAGCAUGCAUUCCAGCUG